AUGUCCCUCAAGUUAAUCAUCCUCCGUCACCUCUUCUACACAUCUCUGUUCCACUCAUCUUUGUUCCACUCAUCUUUCUUCCACUCAUCGCUGUUCCACUCAUCUCUGUUCCUCUCAUCUCUGUUCCACUCAUCUCUGUUCCACUCAUCGCUGUUCCACUCAUCUCUGUUCCUCUCAUCUCUGUUCCACUCAUCUCUGUUCCACUCAUCUCUGUUCCACUCAUCGCUGUUCCACUCAUCUCUGUUCCACUCAUCUCUGUUCCACUCAUCUCUGUUCCACUCAUCUCUGUUCCACUCAUCUCUGUUCCACUCAUCUCUGUUCCUCUCAUCUCUGUUCCACUCAUCUCUGUUCCGCUCAUCGCUGUUCCACUCAUCUCUGUUCCUCUCAUCUCUGUUCCACUCAUCUCUGUUCCUCUCAUCUCUGUUCCACUCAUCUCUGUUCCACUCAUCGCUGUUCCACUCAUCUCUGUUCCUCUCAUCUCUGUUCCUCUCAUGUCUGUUCCACUCAUCUCUGUUCCUCUCAUCUCUGUUCCACUCAUCUCUGUUCCACUCAUCUCUGUUCCUCUCAUCUCUGUUCCACUCAUCUCUGUUCCACUCAUCUUUGUUCCACUCAUCUCAGUUCCUCUCAUCUCUGUUCCACUCAUCUCUGUUCCUCUCAUCUCUGUUCCACUCAUCUCUGUUCCUCUCAUCUCUGUUCCUCUCAUCUCUGUUCCACUCAUCUCUGUUCCUCUCAUCUCUGUUCCACUCAUCUCUGUUCCACUCAUCUUUGUUCCACUCAUCUCAGUUCCUCUCAUCUCUGUUCCACUCAUCUCUGUUCCUCUCAUCUCUGUUCCUCUCAUCUCUGUUCCACUCAUCUCAGUUCCACUCAUCUCUGUUCCUCUCAUCUCUGUUCCACUCAUCUCUGUUCCUCUCAUCUCUGUUCCACUCAUCGCUGUUCCACUCAUCUCUGUUCCUCUCAUCUCUGUUCCACUCAUCUCUGUUCCACUCAUCGCUGUUCCACUCAUCUCUGUUCCUCUCAUCUCUGUUCCACUCAUCUCUGUUCCACUCAUCUUUGUUCCACUCAUCUCAGUUCCACUCAUCUCUGUUCCUCUCAUCUCUGUUCCACUCAUCUCUGUUCCACUCAUCUCUGUUCCUCUCAUCUCUGUUCCACUCAUCGCUGUUCCACUCAUCUUUGUUCCACUCAUCUCAGUUCCACUCAUCUCUGUUCCUCUCAUCUCUGUUCCACUCAUCGCUGUUCCUCUCAUCUCUGUUCCACUCAUCUCUGUUCCUCUCAUCUCUGUUCCUCUCAUCUCUGUUCCACUCAUCUCAGUUCCUCUCAUGUCUGUUCCUCUCAUCUCUGUUCCUCUCAUCUCUGUUCCACUCAUCUCUGUUCCUCUCAUCUCUGUUCCUCUCAUCUCUGUUCCACUCAUCGCUGUUCCACUCAUCUCUGUUCCUCUCAUCUCUGUUCCACUCAUCGCUGUUCCUCUCAUCUCUGUUCCACUCAUCUCUGUUCCUCGUGGGGGGGCGGUAUCGCACACGGCACGGCUUAUUCCUCUCAUGUCUGUUCCUCUCAUCUCUGUUCCUCUCAUCUCUGUUCCACUCAUCUCUGUUCCUCUCAUCUCUGUUCCUCUCAUCUCUGUUCCUCUCAUCUGUGUUCCUCUCAUCUCUGUUCCACUCAUCUCUGUUCCUCUCAUCUCUGUUCCUCUCAUCUCUGUUCCACUCAUCGCUGUUCCACUCAUCUCUGUUCCUCUCAUCUCUGUUCCACUCAUCUCUGUUCCUCUCAUCUCUGUUCCUCUCAUCUCUGUUCCUCUCAUCUCUGUUCCUCUCAUCUCUGUUCCACUCAUCUCUGUUCCACUCAUCGCUGUUCCACUCAUCUCUGUUCCUCUCAUCUCUGUUCCACUCAUCGCUGUUCCUCUCAUCUCUGUUCCACUCAUCUCUGUUCCUCUCAUCUCUGUUCCUCUCAUCUCUGUUCCACUCAUCGCUGUUCCACUCAUCUCUGUUCCUCUCAUCUCUGUUCCACUCAUCUCAGUUCCUCUCAUGUCUGUUCCUCUCAUCUCUGUUCCUCUCAUCUCUGUUCCACUCAUCUCUGUUCCUCUCAUCUCUGUUCCUCUCAUCUCUGUUCCUCUCAUCUCUGUUCCACUCAUCUCUGUUCCUCUCAUCUCUGUUCCUCUCAUCUCUGUUCCACUCAUCGCUGUUCCACUCAUCUCUGUUCCUCUCAUCUCUGUUCCACUCAUCUCUGUUCCACUCAUCUUUGUUCCACUCAUCUCAGUUCCACUCAUCUCUGUUCCUCUCAUCUCUGUUCCACUCAUCGCUGUUCCUCUCAUCUCUGUUCCUCUCAUCUCUGUUCCUCUCAUCUCUGUUCCUCUCAUCUCUGUUCCACUCAUCGCUGUUCCACUCAUCUCUGUUCCUCUCAUCUCUGUUCCACUCAUCUCAGUUCCUCUCAUGUUUGUUCCUCUCAUCUCUGUUCCUCUCAUCUCUGUUCCACUCAUCUCUGUUCCUCUCAUCUCUGUUCCUCUCAUCUCUGUUCCACUCAUCUCUGUUCCACUCAUCGCUGUUCCACUCAUCUCUGUUCCUCUCAUCUCUGUUCCACUCAUCGCUGUUCCUCUCAUCUCUGUUCCACUCAUCUCUGUUCCUCUCAUCUCUGUUCCUCUCAUCUCUGUUCCACUCAUCGCUGUUCCACUCAUCUCUGUUCCUCUCAUCUCUGUUCCACUCAUCUCUGUUCCACUCAUCUCUGUUCCUCUCAUCUCUGUUCCACUCAUCGCUGUUCCACUCAUCUUUGUUCCACUCAUCUCAGUUCCACUCAUCUCUGUUCCUCUCAUCUCUGUUCCACUCAUCGCUGUUCCUCUCAUCUCUGUUCCACUCAUCUCUGUUCCUCUCAUCUCUGUUCCUCUCAUCUCUGUUCCACUCAUCGCUGUUCCACUCAUCUCUGUUCCUCUCAUCUCUGUUCCACUCAUCUCAGUUCCUCUCAUGUCUGUUCCUCUCAUCUCUGUUCCUCUCAUCUCUGUUCCACUCAUCUCUGUUCCUCUCAUCUCUGUUCCUCUCAUCUCUGUUCCACUCAUCUCUGUUCCACUCAUCGCUGUUCCACUCAUCUCUGUUCCUCUCAUCUCUGUUCCACUCAUCGCUGUUCCUCUCAUCUCUGUUCCACUCAUCUCUGUUCCUCUCAUCUCUGUUCCUCUCAUCUCUGUUCCACUCAUCGCUGUUCCACUCAUCUCUGUUCCUCUCAUCUCUGUUCCACUCAUCUCAGUUCCUCUCAUGUCUGUUCCUCUCAUCUCUGUUCCUCUCAUCUCUGUUCCACUCAUUUCUGUUCCUCUCAUCUCUGUUCCACUCAUCGCUGUUCCUCUCAUCUCUGUUCCACUCAUCUCUGUUCCUCUCAUCUCUGUUCCACUCAUCGCUGUUCCUCUCAUCUCUGUUCCACUCAUCUCUGUUCCACUCAUCUCUGUUCCACUCAUGUCUGUUCCUCUCAUCUCUGUUCCUCUCAUCUCUGUUCCACUCAUCUCUGUUCCUCUCAUCUCUGUUCCACUCAUCUCUGUUCCUCUCAUCUCUGUUCCUCAUCUCUGUUCCACUCAUCGCUGUUCCACUCAUCUCUGUUCCACUCAUCUCUGUUCCUCUCAUCUCUGUUCCUCUCAUCUCUGUUCCACUCAUCGCUUUCCUCUCAUCUCUGUUCCACUCAUCUCUGUUCCUCUCAUCUCUGUUCCACUCAUCUCUGUUCCACUCAUCGCUGUUCCUCUCAUCUCUGUUCCACUCAUCUCUGUUCCACUCAUCUCUGUUCCACUCAUCUUUGUUCCACUCAUCGCUGUUCCACUCAUCGCUGUUCCUCUCAUCUCUGUUCCUCUCAUCUCUGUUCCUCUCAUCUCUGUUCCACUCAUCUCUGUUCCACUCAUCGCUGUUCCUCUCAUCUCUGUUCCACUCAUCUCUGUUCCACUCAUCGCUGUUCCUCUCAUCUCUGUUCCUCUCAUCUCUGUUCCACUCAUCUCUGUUCCACUCAUCGCUGUUCCUCUCAUCUCUGUUCCUCUCGUACCUGUAA